CAACCUCGAAGCUUCUCUCUCUCUCUCUCUCUCUCUCUCUCUCUCUCUCCAAACAUGUUUUCUGGCAUUUUAGUGUUCCCUUUUUUACGGGACAGCUCCAGGAAGAAGAAGAAGAAGUGCGAGCAGAAGAGGCUAGAAGAAACAGAAACCAACAACGUCCAUCACCGAAACUGCAUCGCCUACAACAGAGAUCGACCGGAAGGACCACCGAAAUUUUCUUUGAAAUCCGAAAACAUUAUUGGUGCGGAUUUUCACAGAAACGAAGGUAUCAAGGCGACGAAGCGAGAAAUGUCGAACAGGGUGUCCAGUUUCUCCGAUCUGAUCCAAAGAGUCGCCGCUUCUUGCUUGCUGCAUCCGCUCGCUGCCGAUCGGUGCGAACCCGGCGAGAUCCCGAGGAAAACCGCUGGAGAAUCCGACGAAGAAUGCGACGACGAAGAGGAGUUUGAAGGAGAACGCGAGAAGGAGCAAGGGUUUAGGGUUUUGGGGGAGGUGGAGACAGUAAUGGGGGAAGUGUUCGAGGCGGUGUCGGCGAUGAAGAGGGCGUACGUUAGCCUGCAGGAGGCGCACUGUCCGUGGGACCCGGAGAAGGUGAGGGCGGCCGACGCGGCGGUGGUGACGGAGCUGGGACGGCUGGGGAUUCUGAGGGAGCGGUUCCGGAGGACCGUUGGGAGAGGAGGUGGCGGAAGCGGGAGGAGGGUUGGGGCGGCGACGCUGAGAGAAGUGGUGGCGCCGUACGAGGCGGCGGUGGAGGAGCUGAAGAAGGAGGUGAAGGCGAGGGAAGUGGAGGUUGAGAACUUGAGGGAGAAGCUGAGUAUGAGCGGAGUCACCUCUGGUGCCGCCGGCGGGGGAAGGAAGGGCAGAGGGCAGUCAAAGCGGAGAGUCAGCUGUAGUCAGGGUCAAGUUGCGCCGUCGCCGGCGCCUGACCUUUUCGAACCCACAAUGAAUCAAGUCAAGCAAGCAUCCAAGGCCUUCACGGUUCUGCUCCUCUCCCUCAUGCGCUCCGCCCACUGGGACAUCGCCGCCGCCGUCCGUUCCAUAGAAGCCGCAGCCUCCAAUGGCGCCGUCACCGCCCCCGUCAUCGUCACAGGCGCCGGCGACGGCGCUCACCACGCGAAGUACGCCCUGGAGUCAUACUUGUGCCGGAAGAUCUUCCAGGGGUUCGACCACGAGACCUUCUACAUGGACGGCAGCCUCUCGUCGCUCCUCAGCCCGGACCAGUUCCGGCAAGACUGCUUCGCCCAGUACCGCGACAUGCGAGCCAUGGACCCCGCUGAGCUCCUUGGGAUUUUGCCGACGUGUCAUUUCGGCAAGUUCUGCGCCAAGAAGUACCUAGCCAUUGUCCAUCCCAAGAUGGAGGAGUCGCUGUUCGGAGACCUGGAGCAGCACCGCCAUAUCAUCGCCGGGAACCACCCCCGGACCGAAUUUUACGGCGAGUUCUUGGGGCUGGCGAAGGCCGUGUGGCUGCUACACUUGCUGGCCUUCUCGCUCGACCCGACUCCGAGUCACUUCGAGGCGAGCAGGGGCGCCGAGUUCCACCCGCAGUACAUGGAGAGCGUUGUGAGGUUCCCCGGCGGACGAGUGCCGGGGGACCGGGUGAUUGGGUUCCCGGUCACUCCGGGGUUUAAGCUUGGAAACGGGUGGGUGAUUAAGGCGCGGGUUUAUCUCGUGCCCAGAACUUGAAGUUUAACGGGUCGGGGUGGACCGGCAUAAUUCCGGUGAUGUAAUUGCGGUCAUUUGGUUUGGGGAUGCUAUUCUCAGUCGGGUGGGUUUGCAGGUUUAAUUUAAUGUUGUUCAGAAAGAAAAAAGUAGCUCUGGCAACAACCUUAGAGUUGAAUUUUUCAUUUUGAAAGUGUUGUAUUUGAAUUUUAAGAAGAGAAAGGGCGUGUUAAAAGGUGAA